ACGAGCUAAAAAUCCGCGCUGAUUCCACGUCCCCAGAGGAAAAGAGCUACGCGCCCCCCUGUAUAUAUCCCCCCGAAACACACGCGCACUUCUUUCUCUGCUCCUUCAUACUCAAGAACCUGGCCUGUCCAGUAGUAGCCCACCUCCAUCCCUCCCAAUUCCGGUAGCUCCUCGCCUCUGGCGACAAUGGAGGGCUCCUGGCGAGCCGCGGCACUGGCGGCGGCGAUGAUGGUCGUCUGGGUUUUUAGCAGCUGCGUGGUCGGUUUCCCGGAGGAAGAUUUGGUGAGGCGGCUGCCCGGGCAGCCCGUGGUGGGCUUCAGGCAGUUCUCCGGGUACGUGGAUGUGGAUGAGAAGGCCGGGAGAAGCCUCUUCUACUACUUCACUGAGGCACAGGAGGGCGCCGCUGGCAAGCCGCUCACGCUCUGGCUCAACGGAGGUCCUGGCUGUUCUUCGGUUGGCGGUGGCGCUUUUACAGAGCUCGGCCCAUUUUAUCCGAGAGGAGAUGGUAGAGGCCUCAGAUUAAACAAGAAGUCAUGGAACAAAGUGUCCAAUCUCCUAUUUGUGGAAUCUCCGGCUGGAGUUGGAUGGUCCUACUCUAACACUUCAUCAGACUAUAAAACUGGAGAUACACGGACCGCUGAUGAUAUGUAUAGAUUUCUGUUGGGAUGGUACAAGAAGUUCCCAGAGUACAGAUCAAGAAGCUUAUUUCUUUCUGGAGAGAGCUAUGCAGGGCAUUAUAUACCGCAACUCGCCGAUGUUCUUCUCACGCAUAACGAGAAAUCGAAGGGUUUUAAGUUCAAUAUCCAGGGAGUAGCUAUUGGGAAUCCACUACUCAAGCUUGACAGGGAUGUCCCCGCGACAUUUGAGUACUUCUGGUCUCAUGGUAUGAUCUCCGACGAAAUAUUUCUGGCCAUUAACAAGGGUUGUGAUUUUGAGGAUUACACGUUCACUAACCCCCAUAACGAGAGCAAGUCUUGCAAUGACGCCAUUGCGGAGGCAAAUGGUAUAGUUGGGAAUUAUGUCAACAACUACGAUGUUAUUCUCGACGUUUGUUACCCAUCAAUUGUGAUGCAGGAGCUACGGUUGCGCAAAUAUGUGACCAAAAUCAGUGUAGGAGUGGAUGUUUGCAUGACCUAUGAAAGGUUUUUCUACUUCAAUCUUCCAGAAGUGCAGCAUGCUCUUCAUGCUAAUAGAACACAUCUACCUUAUGGCUGGAGCAUGUGCAGUGAUGUGCUGGAUUACAGCGGUAAGGAUGGUAACAUCAACAUCUUGCCUUUACUUCAGAGAAUCGUGGAGCAAAAGAUACCAGUUUGGGUAUUCAGCGGGGAUCAAGACUCUGUGGUGCCCCUCUUGGGCUCCCGAACCCUUGUGCGAGAGCUAGCUCAUACAAUGGGGUUCCAUGUCACAGUUCCAUACAGUACUUGGUUCCACAAAGGCCAGGUUGGAGGCUGGGUAACAGAGUAUGGUAACAUGCUGACCUUUGCAACGGUGCGGGGCGCAUCUCACAUGGUGCCGUUUGCGCAGCCAGACCGAUCUCUGGGACUAUUUCGAUCAUUUGUGCUUGGACAGAGGCUCCCAAACACAACACAUCCACCCAUUGACUAAGUGUACCUACAAAAAGCAGCUGAAGAUAGAAACAAAAAAUAGUUUAGCAUUCCUCAAUCUUCCUACUUUAGAUAAGCUCUGAAGGAUGUAUUACAUGAUCAAUAAGUUCUUUAUUCUUUAAAAGAGCAUAAAAGUAAUGCUGGCAAGUAUGCUUUUCAUUCGGGUUAUCAGAGUAAUCGUGGAAGUCUGGAAAAUGGAGCAAAUUAUAUAAGUAACUAUGUCAAUUUGGUUCGUCUGGGUGGUACAGUGCAAUUUGCAACUGUAACUAUGUGUAAAACAUUUCAUAGCUAAAAUGGAUGCCAAAAGGUUCAUUAUUUGAAAA